AUGGCGAAUUCCAAUUCGAAUAGUGCGGAUCUAUUUGAUUCGUAUUUUAGAAGAGCAGAUUUAGACGGUGAUGGUCAGAUCAGUGGUGCUGAAGCUGUCGGUUUCUUUCAAGGUUCCGGUUUGCCCAAACAAGUCCUCGCUCAGGUGUGGAUGCAUGCUGAUCAGAGGAAAGCAGGCUACCUUGGUCGACAAGAGUUCUACAAUGCACUUAAACUUGUUACUGUGGCACAGAGUAAGCGAGAGUUGACCCCAGAAAUAGUGAAGGCAGCAUUAUAUGGUCCUGCUUCAGCUAAAAUUCCUGCUCCUCAAAUCAACCUAGCAGCAACUCCUGCUCCUAAAGCAGCAGCACCUGCUCCCCAGCUGGCUGGCACUACAUCAGCACCAUCACCAAAUAUUGGCAUUAGACCACCACAAGUGCCUUUAAAUGCAGUCACAAACCAGCAGUAUUUCCCAUCUCAGCAAGGCCAAUUUAUGAGGCAACCACCCCAACCUCAAACCCAAGUCAUGGCUCCAAGUUCUGCUUCUCAUCCACAACAAGUUCUUGCAAGUCAAGGUAUUCCCAGGGGAGGUACCAUGGCUGCUCCUCGGCCUCCAAAUUCAAACAUCUCAACCGAUUGGCUUGGUGGAAGUGCAGGUGGCCUGACUUCACAAGCUCCCAGUAGAGGGAUUAGUCCUCCUGCAACUCAGGAUGGAUUUGGGCUCAGUGCACCAGGUUUUGCCCCCUCUGUUCAACCUAGACCACAGGUGACCGCUAAUCAGAUGACAGCCCCUACUCCUAAACCGCAAGAAGCAGCCAUCACAUCCAACCAACCAGCAACUAAGGAUUCUAAAUCAGUGGUUGUUUCUGGGAAUGGAUUUGCUUCAGGCUCACUUUUUGGCGAUGUAUUUUCUGCUACUCCUGCUCAACCAAAGCAGAGUUCCUCAUCAGCUGCACCUUCUACAAGUAGCAUACCUGUCUCGCAGGCUAUUGUUCCAUCUUCUGUUGGAUCCCAACCUUCAGUUAAGCCAAGUUCCCUGGAUUCUUUGCAGAGUACAUUUUCUCAGCAGGAUGUGGGCGGUCAAUUAACUCGAAGACCAAACCAGCAGGUUCCUCCUCAAAAUGUCACCUCUGCUCCUUCAACUGGUUUUCCUGUUGGAACUAGCAAUGCAGCUCCCAGUCAAUCCCAGCCUCCAUGGCCGAGGAUUACUCAAUCUGAUAUUCAAAAGUACACGAAAGUGUUUGUGCAAGUUGACACAGAUAGAGAUGGAAAGCUUACCGGGGAACAGGCACGCAACCUUUUCUUAAGCUGGAGACUACCAAGAGAGGUGUUAAAAAAAGUUUGGGAUUUAUCCGAUCAAGAUAAUGACAGCAUGCUUUCUUUGAGGGAGUUCUGUACUGCUCUCUAUUUGAUGGAGCGUUAUAGAGAAGGUCGCCCUCUUCCUGCAACUCUUCCAACUACUAUCACGUCUGAUGAGACUCUGUUGUCUGCCACAAGUCAUCCUGCAGCUUCAUAUGGUGCUGGAAAUUGGGGACCUGCUUCCGGUUUGCGGCAACAAGUUGUGACGGGUGCACGGCCACCACCUGCCGCCGCUGCAAGGCCGCCAAGGCCACCUACUGCUCCUCAUGCUGAUGAAAAACAGCCCACGCAACAAAAGUCCAAAGUUCCUGUGCUUGAAAAACAUCUCGUGAAUCAACUCAGCCAAGAGGAGCAGGAUGCUCUCAAUGCAAAGUUCCAAGAGGCAUCUCAGGCUGCCAAAAAGGUAGAAGAACUGGAAAAGGAAAUAUUAGAUUCUAGACAGAAGAUUGAGUUCUAUCGUGUCAAGAUGCAGGAACUUAUUUUAUAUAAAAGCCGAUGCGACAAUCGGCUUAACGAGGUCACAGCUAGGGUAUCUUCUGAUAAGCAUGAGGUUGAGACAUUAGGAAAGAAGUAUGAAGAGAAAUACAAGCAGAGUGGAGAUGUUGCCUCCAAACUAACCAUUGAAGAGGCUACAUUUCGUGAUAUUCAGGAGAAAAAAAUGGAUUUAUAUCGAUCAAUUGUUAAAAUGGACGAAGGGGGAGCUGCUGAUGGUGUAGUGAAGGAGCGUGCUGAGAAUAUGCAAUUGAGUCUUGAGGAACUAGUAAAAACUGUGAAUGAACGCUGCAAACAAUAUGGAUUGCGUUCUAAACCAACCUCACUGGUCGAGCUUCCUUUUGGCUGGCAACCUGGAAUCCAGGAAGGAGCAGCUGAUUGGGAUGCAGGUUGGGACAAGUUUGAAGAUGAAGGAUUCACGUUUGUCAAAGAGCUCACUUUGGAUGUACAAAAUGUUGUGGCCCCUCCAAAACAAAAAACUUCAGUUCGACAGGAAACAACUUCCUCAGAAAAGGAUUUAGGUGCUUCACCCUCAAAUGGUGAGGCGAAGUCUGAAGAGGUUUCAAGUCCAAGCAAAUCAAAUUCCAAGAAAGAUCUGUCGGAUCAUCAACAUGAGAAUGGCAUUCCUGCUGGAAGUAGUACAACUGAGAGCCAAUCCAAUGAAUUCCGAGACUCCCCAUUCAAAGAAGGUGGUGCAGACAAUUCACCCAAUGCUAAAGAAAUCCAAAGUGAUGUGGGCGGUACUGAAUCUGUGCAUUCUGGUGACAAAAUUGUUGAACCCAGCUGGGGUACAUUUGAUGACACACAUUAUGAUACAGAAUCCGUUUGGGGCUUUGAUUCUGUCAGCGGAAAGGACAUGGAUUUUGGCAUUGGUGAAUUUGGUUUAAAUCCAAUAAAAACAGGGUCCUCACAUGGAGAUAACAUGUUCCCAGGGAAGAGCCCAUUUAUGUUUGAUUCUGUUCCGAGCACCCCAGCUCAUAACCAGGGGAACAACUCUUAUGCAUUUGCAGAUUCUGUUCCAAGCACCCCUGCAUAUAACGAGGGGAAGAGCUCCUAUGCAUUUGCAGAUUCUGUUCCAAGCACCCCUGCAUAUAACCAGGGGAAGAGCUCCAAUGCUUUUGCAGAUUCUGUUCCAAGCACCCCUGCAUAUAAUCCAGGGAGGAGCUCCUAUGCAUUUGCAGAUUCUGUUCCAGGCACCCCUGCCUAUAACAUGGGAAAGAGUCCAUUUUCAUUUGCAGAUUCUGUUCCUAGCACCCCAGCAUACAAUUUUGGGAACUCACCACGAAGGUUUAGUGAAGGCUCAGAGGACCACUCCUUUGACAACUUCUCUAGGUUUGAUUCAUUUAGCAUGCAAGAUGGUGGAUUAUUUCAAUCUCCACGCCAUUCUCUUUCAAGAUUUGAUUCCAUGCGCAGCACUAAGGACUCAGAUCAAAGUUAUGGGUUCCCAUCAAGGUUUGAUUCCUUCAGAGAAGGUGGAGACUCUGAUCAAAGUCAUGGGUUUUCAAGGUUCGACUCAUUCAGAGAGUCUGAUCAGAAUCAUGGAUUUUCGAGGUUUGAUUCCUUCAAAGAGUCUGAUCCAAGUCAUGGGUUCUCGAGGUUUGAUUCCUUCAAAGAGUCUGAUCCAAAUCAUGGGUUCUCGUCAAGUUUCAGUUCAUUUGGAGAAUCUAGAGACACUGAUCAUAGUCAUGGAUUCUCAAAGAUGGAUUCAUUUAAUGCCCAUGACAGUGGGUUCUUCCAAUCAUCUGACAAUUCCCUAGCAAGGUUUGAUUCUGGGCGUGGCUCUAAAGACACUGAUAAUAAUCAUGGAUUCCCAUCAUUUGAUGAUACGGAUCCAUUUGGCUCAAGUGGACCAUUUAGGACAUCACUAGAGAGUGAAACUCCGCGUGGAAGUUCUGAUAACUGGCGAGCUUUUUAG